AUGGAGGAAGUUUGCAGAGUUUGCCUGGCCAAGUCCGGAUCAUUUAUAAAUCCCUUUGACGAGAGGCAAAAGAGGGAAAUUUGCAGUGCUGACAUUUUGGCUCAGGUUCUCGGGUCCGUGCUGGGUCGAGAGCAUUCACUGCACGAACACGUAUGCCCGCCUUGCCUGGAGGAUGCACUGAACACAUUCAAUCUGAUGGAGUAUGUUGAUAAAGUGGAGCCCCCUUGUCGUGAUCUCGUCCAGGAGCACAUCCGUACGCAACCAGCAGAGCCGCGAUUUAAAUGCCCUCAAUGCUCGUCAUCAUUUCGAAGAAACUCCGAUCUCAAUGUACACACUAGGAGAAUCCACAUGGGAAUAAAGCCGUUCAAGUGCACGCACUGCACCAAGGCCUUCGACCGCCCCGGUGUUCUCCAGGAGCACAUUCGCAAUCACACGGGAGAACGCCCGUACAAGUGUUCCAGCUGCCCGAAGGCUUUCUCCCACCGCGGAACUUUUCGGAGGCACAACAGGCGUCACCCGGCUGAAAAACCACAAACUGGCUAA